GGGGCUGGAGUCGGAGUGGCCAUGGUCCUGGUCCUGCUGGUGGCCAUUCCCCUAUUGGUCCACACCACCAAGGGGGCAGGGUCCGGAGGUGGGGGCACACAUUAUGAGAUGCUGGGAAGCUGCAAGAUGGUGUGUGACACUUUAAGCCCCCCACAGGGAGAGCUGACAGCUGUCUCCCCUCAGCCUCCAGACUUCCCAAACCGAAGGGGCAAACAGGGCUUCAGAGGCAGCCCCGGACUUCCUGGGCCUCCAGGUCCUAAAGGUCCACCCGGAGAGCCUGGUAAGCCCGGUCCACCUGGUCCACCGGGGCCUGGACCCAACGGUUAUGGCUCGUCCCUCUACUCUCCCAAAAUCGCCUUCUACGCCGGCCUCCGGAAGCAACACGAGGGGACCGAGAUCCUGAAGUUCGACGAUGUGGUGACCAACGUGGGGAACUACUACGAGCCGAGUACUGGCAAGUUCACGUGUCCCCUGUCCGGUAUCUACUACUUCACCUACCAUGUCCUGAUGAGAGGGGGGGACGGGACCAGCAUGUGGGCCGACCUGAAGAAGAAUGGACAGGUGAGGGCCAGUGCAAUCGCUCAAGACGCGGAUCAAAACUACGACUACGCCUCCAACAGUGUCAUCCUGCACCUGGACGUAGGCGACGAAGUGUUUGUGCAGCUGGACGGGGGCAAAGUUCACGGAGGAAACACCAACAAAUACAGCACCUUCUCUGGCUUCCUCAUCUACCCCGACUGACAGUGUCCGUCCGUCCUCUGUGAAGAAGCAAAAAGUCUCCUCUCAUUUCUUCAUCGAUGCGCCAUGACCUUCUCAUUUCUCUGCUGUUCAUCCCAAACAUGUAGCGACAUGACCACUGUGUCGAGUUUUAG